AUCUUGGAAACUGUCAAACCGUGGAAGGAAAGAGCAAAGAAAAAGAAACUCUGCGCAAUCAAUCGAUCGAAGGCAGGAAAAAUUGAGUUUUUCACCUCGGACAAGGAAGGAAAAGCUCUGUUCGCUGUGUCCGCUGUGUGUCCGUGAUUCCGAUUGCAUUCGCGCAAUGAUGUAGUGCAUUUCGUACGGUUCACACGGUCGCAUACGAAGUUACAAACCGAACGGUGCAAAAAGCUUGCAAGAUAAAAAGAAACCCCUUUUUAUCCAGCCGCCACUUCAACACAGCCAGACAGUGCAGAACGACCGAAGGCGAAUCGAAGAUUUAAUGCUGUGAACAAUACAAGCAGAAGCAUAUUAAGUACUGUGCGUGCGUGCGUGCGUUACUGUUGUCGGUAGUGGCAAUCAAUUACGUGAAAGUUGGUGGCUGUUUUCAGUGGAUGCUCGGAUUUGUCGACCCCUGUGGUGUGCAGCGCAAGGAGAGCAUUAGUGUGUGUUGUGUGUGACUAACGUAGGAAGGGCAGAUACGACGGAACAAAGCGCAAGGUGGCGUUUGGUUCUAGCUUGCCAGGAACAAAACAAGUGAACACAGCUCAUCAACAAGACAGUCCACCACAAUGGAGUCACUAAUUCCGAUUGUGAACAAGCUGCAGGAUGCAUUCACGCAGAUGGGGGUGCACAUGCAGCUUGACCUGCCACAGAUUGCGGUGGUUGGCGGCCAGUCAGCAGGAAAAUCUUCCGUGCUGGAAAACUUUGUCGGCAGAGAUUUUCUUCCCCGAGGAUCUGGCAUUGUAACGCGACGUCCAUUGAUUUUACAGCUUAUCAAUGGAACUGUGGAAUUUGGAGAGUUCCUUCAUCAGAAGGGUAAAAAGUAUGCCAACUUUGAAGAGAUUCGACAGGAGAUCGAGGCUGAAACCGAUCGUAUUACAGGCAGCAAUAAGGGCAUCUCGAACAUACCGAUUAAUCUUCGAGUGUACUCACCGCAUGUACUCAACUUGACGCUGAUUGAUUUGCCCGGUUUGACCAAGGUUCCGAUCGGGGAUCAACCGGCCGAUAUCGAGAACCAGAUCAAAGGCAUGAUAUUUCAGUUCAUUCGUAAGGAAACUUGCCUUAUUUUGGCUGUCACGCCUGCCAACACGGAUUUGGCUAACAGCGAUGCCCUAAAGCUGGCCAAAGAGGUCGAUCCGCAGGGUGUACGAACGAUCGGUGUCAUUACCAAGCUGGAUCUAAUGGACGAGGGCACCGAUGCGCGCGACAUUCUCGAAAACAAGCUGCUACCGUUGCGCCGUGGCUACAUUGGCGUAGUGAACCGUUCGCAGAAGGAUAUCGAAGGAAGGAAGGACAUUCACGCUGCGCUGGCCGCCGAGCGCAAGUUCUUCCUGAGCCACCCGAGCUAUCGGCACAUUGCCGAUCGGCUCGGUACGCCGUACCUGCAGAAGGUGCUCAAUCAACAGCUAACGAAUCAUAUCCGCGAUACGCUGCCGGCGUUGCGUGACCGACUGCAGAAGCAAAUGCUCACACUGGAGAAGGAUGUUGAUCAAUACAAACAUUUUCGCCCGGAUGAUCCUAGCAUCAAAACGAAGGCUAUGCUGCAAAUGAUCCAGCAGCUACAGUCCGAUUUUGAGCGCACAAUUGAAGGUUCCGGUUCGGCGCUAGUCAACACGAACGAACUUUCGGGCGGUGCGAAGAUUAACCGAAUUUUCCACGAACGGUUGCGUUUCGAGAUCGUCAAGAUGUCCUGCGAUGAGAAGGAACUGAGGCGUGAGAUUUCGUUCGCCAUUCGCAACAUUCACGGUAUUCGUGUCGGUUUGUUCACGCCCGACAUGGCGUUCGAAGCGAUCGUCAAGAAACAGAUUUCGCAACUCAAGGAACCGAUCCUAAAGUGUGUCGAUUUGACCGUUUUGGAGCUGUCCAAUGUUGUGAGAAUUUGUACGGAUAAGAUGGCUCGCUAUCCGCGUUUGCGUGACGAAACGGAACGCAUCAUUACCACGCAUAUUCGCCAGUGCGAACAAAAGUCCAAAGAGCAGAUGAUGCUACUGAUCGACUAUGAGCUGGCCUACAUGAACACCAACCACGAAGAUUUCAUUGGCUUCGCAAACGCUCAAAGCAAAACUGAAAAUGCUGUCAAGACUGGCACACGUAACCUCGGCUCGCAAGUUAUCCGCAAAGGACACAUGUGCAUUCAAAACCUUGGCAUCAUGAAGGGUGGCUCGAGACCGUACUGGUUCGUGUUGACGUCCGAGAGCAUUUCGUGGUUCAAGGAUGAAGAUGAGAAGGAGAAGAAGUUCAUGCUACCCCUAGACGGACUGAAGCUGCGUGACAUUGAGCAAGGUUUCAUGUCCCGGCGACACACAUUCGGUCUCUUCAAUCCCGAUGGACGUAACGUUUACAAGGAUUACAAACAAUUGGAACUGUCUUGCGAAAGUACUGACGAUGUGGAUUCAUGGAAAGCAUCCUUCCUACGUGCCGGUGUAUACCCGGAGAAGGAUACACCCGCCAACGGAGAAGAGAAAUUGCUUUCAAAUCAGCAAUCUCUGGUAGAUAAUGUUAAUAAGACAAACGAUGAAGAGAGCAGUGAAAGUGGCCCAACUGGACAGUCCCUUGAUCCACAGCUGGAACGACAGGUUGAGACGAUACGCAAUCUCGUUGAGUCAUAUAUGCGCAUCGUAACAAAAACUACACGCGACAUGGUUCCGAAAGCUAUCAUGAUGCUCAUCAUUAACAAUACCAAGGAUUUCAUCAACGGUGAGCUGUUGGCGCAUUUGUACGCCACCGGAGAUCAGGCUUCAAUGAUGGAGGAAAGCGCAGAUGAAGCACAAAAGCGAGAAGAAAUGUUGCGAAUGUAUCACGCCUGCAAGGAAGCGCUACGCAUUAUUGGUGACGUUUCAAUGGCUACCUUUUCAACACCCGUACCACCGCCGGUGAAAAAUGAUUGGCUGUCGAGCGGCCUUGACAAUCCGCGGCUGUCACCACCGAGCCCGGGUGGUCCGCGUAAAGCAGCACCACAGCAACAGGGUUCGCUUGGUUCGAUGGGAGCUCCGGCUGGCCGGGGACCACCACCCGCACCCGCUAGUGCACGGCCGGCUCCGGCAAUACCGAACCGGCCGGGCGGUGGAGCCGCUCCGCCUCUACCUGGUGGACGUCCAGGAGGACAAGCGCUACCAGCUCCUUUGAUUCCAUCGCGUCCGGGUGGUUCCGCUGCGGGCAUGGCACAGAUGCUUCCGGCCAGCACCAGGCAACAGAUCAACCAGCAGGUUGGCCAGGCCGUCACCAAUGCCGCCAUGAACGAACUGUCGAAUGUGUUCGCCUCGAAGUUCAAGUAAAGUAUUCCGCUUCCGCUGUUCCGUGCAUUUCACAUCCUAACCGUGCUAAUUAUAAUGUCAGUAUCGUGUGGCCGGGGUUUUGUUUGUGGUGAAGGAAAGGUGCAAACCAUGCGCUAAGGACUUAAAAGAAUGUGUAGAAACAUGUUUCAAAUUGCUCCUUUGCCGCCAUGUUGGUUGUAUUUCACGCGAACGCAUAUGCAUCUGCAUCAACAUCUAAACCAUUGCUACCGUUUAAUCCAUCCCGCCCUUCCUCCCUAUUCUGUGCAUGUGUCCCAAUUCCAAUCGGUUUUCCCACCGGUGUGUUGUUACUUACGUUGUUAUGAAAGGGGGAUUUUGUUGUUGACGGUGAAAUCCAACUAAUCCUGCAACUCCUGGAAAGCCGCAUACUCAAGUGAAGGUAGUUUAAUAGAUUCUGGUUUAUUAUAAAUAAUGCGAAGUUGGUAUCACGGAUACGUAUCAGAAUGAAAAGCAAACCGGAACACACGGUCUCAUUCCGAAUUGAAAAUACAUGUAUUAUUAAAAUAUAAAUAAAGAGAAAGAGAGGAAAAAAUGGUGAAUUAAAACACAGAAAUAUAAGAAGCUAACAGUAGUACCAGUUCGGCAAACCACACCACACACGCGCACACACAUGUGCACCAACCCUUGGAAGGGUUAUACCAUCUAAAUGAUGAAAACCACACACUCUGCACUCUGCACCGACAUGAUAGCAGCAAAAAAAAAACAAACAUGUUGAUGUGUUGAUUGUGUGUUUGAACGCUUUAGUGUCUUUGUGUGUCUAGUUUUAAAAUGCAUUGAAUCCAUAUACCAACAAAACGUAAAAGUAAAAGAAAAAGAACAACCUUCCUUGGAAGGUAAGAAGCGCAAACAUUCAGUUGAAAACAAAAGUAAGAUAACAAAAAGAGAGAAGCAACAAAAAAAAACCUACAACACUAUCCCACAGUAAUCUAUCGAACAAAGACAAAUGUUUCAUAUGUUAUAAAACAAAUCCAAAAAAAUGGACCUAACGGGAAAAAAGGAAAACAAACUGCAGUAAUUACGGCAAACCUAAAAAAAAAUAAAACAACUACGAUCCGUUCUUUUAAUGUUGAAUAAAAUAUCGUACCUCUAUCUCUACUAUGGGCUGCAAAUUAAGCUCGCGUAUCCUUCCAAGUAAGAAAUACUACUGAGUGUAAAAGAAUCCACUAAUCCUGAACAAGAGCAACAGCAUUCAUUCCACUCUACCGAAGGGGAUGUUUUAGCGCCAAUCAGGCAAGUAAGCAAAAAGGCUGCAAAAACUAUCCAACAGUUGAACACACACACACACACAUACAAUGUUUAGAGAAGGGUUGAUCAUGGUAUUGCAACAUCCCAUCCAUAUGCCUAGAACAACCCUUAAAAAUGGCAUCAAAAACACCUUUACAAAGAGCGCGAAAAGAAAACGAAACAGAAGAGGAGAAAAACGAACACAACACAAAUAUGACAGAAAAUGAUAUAAAUAUAUAUAUAUAUACACACAUGCAUAUAUAAAUAUAGUUCAAAGAUAAAGUUGUUCACUGUUUGCGUGCGCGGAUAAUAUUAAAAAAACGCUUAAAAUUGUAGAAGUUUAUAGAAACGAAGCUGUGAGCCCCGAGAACGAUAGCAAUUGUAGUUGAAACGGAAAUGCCGACAAAAAGAAACGGAAAGGUUGGCGCGCAUAAAAGAUGCAUAGGACGAAAAACAUAAAGACACAAAGAGACAAACAAAGUACUGUAUAUUCCGUUAGUUCUAUACAUUUCAGGAUUAGUCGUUUAUGUUUUCUUUCCAUUACACUCCCCCCGCCCAAGCACUUUCUCUGUCUUCACCCUUUUUAAGGAUUAGUGGAGACUUGUGUUUCGUUUAUCUUCAUUACAAAAGUUACAUUCCACCAAGAGCUACAUAAAGAAUUCGUGCAUAUUAUGCUUUUAAAAAAAAAACACUUCUAUUACAAAAUGCAACUGAUCGUAAAGAAUGUUGCAUUACAAACUUUCACAUAAGCCGCUUUAUUCGAAUUGACUUCGUAUGAGAUUUUUGUUGUUGUUUAGUUUACGUUCAUCGGUCUUUGUGGUGAUGCUUUAAAACAAGGGCAAAGUUAUGAGAAGCUAUGCUGUAAAAAAACGGGGGGGUUGCAUAACGUUACAAUGUGUAUAAGUCAAUUAAAAAUAUUCUAUUUGUUGUUACGCUGCCCGGCAGAUGGUACACGAUAGUGAGCGUUUUUUCUCAUUGCAAUCAUUCUAUUUGGACGAUACGCAUGAAAUCUCCCAAUGAAAGGAAACUAUUUUAGUAUAAUUUAAUAUACAAUUCCCAUUGCUUAUUUAUCAUCAUACGAAUAUCCUGAUCAUGCAAAAGAUUACACAUCGAAUUGAAUUCCAAAAAAAAUACUCCUUGAAAAAGAAAUCGUUUGACCGAUGGGCAAAUUUCUUAUUGUACAUUUGCAAACAACUCAUUGACAUCACCAAAUGCUGAUAAUGGCAUCAGAUUAUAUAUAAAUAUAUAAAUAUAUUUUAUUUUAACACCGUACAACAAGUUGUAAGAGAGAAACACCGUGCUGUUUUUUUCGUUUUGAUUUUUAAUGUUAACUAAUAUUUUAACAACACACAACCUUACCAAUCAUACUAUUGUGUGGUUCCAGCUUGUGUAGAGAUUUGUUGUGAAUAUUACUUAUACAUAUAUUCCGUUCAUGGUGCAUUUAUUUUCCUCUUCUACCAUCUGCAGCAUCUGUGUAGGGAAAUGAUUUUAUUUAUUCCUUUACGGUUGUUGUGCAAACUAUGUUGUACAUUAUUUGCUUGCGACAAUAGUAGUAUGUGAGCGGUUAUGCCAAUAAUUAAUGCAAAUAACGUUACUCGCUCACUCUCUAUCUCUCCUUACAAAUUGUGCCCGCAUAAGCAAGUUAAACAGCAUCUUUUUCUCAGCUUACAGACAAGCUGCAGGAUAUAAGUACCUAGUAUUGCGAUCUAAAGACGAAAUGAUAAAUUGAAGGAAAGUGUUACUUUAAAUUGCAUGUUCUUUAGCAACAAUUGCUAGCUUCCUCAGUUCAUAUCCGCUACAAUGAAAUAAUGUU